AUGAAAAACUUCCUCGCGAUCCCUUUCGGAUUAUUGAUCCUCUUGCAAGCUACCGUCACCUCCCCAACACCUAUCCCUCAAGUUUCAGGGCACGAUGAAAAGGGCGGCGACGUGACCAGAGGACCAGAUGCUCAGAUCAACUUCCUGGUGGCUCGUGUGGAUGUCACAACAAUAAGGGACGAUGUUGUCUUAGGCGUUGAGAAGAGCUCAUGA